AUAUUAUCCCUUCAAACAAGUUUUCCAGAAGGAACUUGCACUGCAAUUUCUUUACAUUUGCUCACCACUAUCCCUUGGCUUGACUUCCCUUUCAUUCUUUCCAGUCUAUUCUCAUUAGUCUACUCUACGUCCCAAACCUGAUCUAAUAGUGUAUCUCUGCACCAGAAAAAUAUGGAAUCUCAAUCUAGUACUUCUGUCCCAAGCCAGAACUCAAAUUGGACAGUCAAGCAGCACAAAUUGUUCGAAGAUGCUCUUGCAAUAUAUGAUAAGGACACCCCUGAUCGCUGGUGUAAUAUUGCCAAGAUUGUUGGAGGAACAACUGAGGAGGAAGUGAAGAUACAGUAUGAGAUCCUUGUAAGUGACAUCAACAACAUUGAAUCAGAUAAAGUCCCACUUCCUAAUUACAAGAAUGAAGGGAGAAUCAAUGAAGAAAGCUUGACAAGAAACAAUGAGGAGGAAAGGCUGCAGCAGAGCUAAGGAUCUAAUUUGGAUUUGUGUUCUAUAUGAAGCUCUGAUGAAAAAUGAACAAAAGCAGAAGAGAGAGUCAUCUUUAUUUUUCUUGAAAAUUAGAUUUAUCACAUGUCAGCUUCCUAACUUUUCUUUUUUCUUUUGAAUCUCGUAAGUUCUCAUCCUAUAUUCCUAUGCAUGCAUCAAGGAAGAUAAAUCAAAGCUUCUCUGUUGUGUUCA